AUGGAUUUUCUAAAGCCUGCCCUUUCACAGUUACUUGCUUUAACAUGCUUCCUUUUUCUUUACUUUAGUGGUAGAAUAAGAGCUUUGGAGAGGAAUAAGCUCACAAAGAAGACUUUAGAACUGGCACAGCAGUACUUCUUGCCCCCGUAUGCUUUCCAGAUUCGAGUUGGUGCUCUGUACCUUUUGUAUGGGCUCUACAAUACACAGCUUUGCCAGCCAAAACAGACGAUCAGAAUUGCACUCAAGGAUUGGCCUGAAAUCCAGAGAUUUCAACAGGAUCUGAUAGACUCCCAGCAUUACGAUGCAGCCUACAUCUUUAGGACACUGCGACUUGCCAGAGCGUUCCAUUUCACAGCAAUGCCAAAGCUAUUAAACUACAGAACUAAGAAGAAGAUUCAGGAAAACGAAUUUAAAGAGGAAUUUAAGGACCCAAGUAACAGAGUAAACAGCCUCAUCACUAAUGACGUAUUGGAGGAACUGAUGAAUAUUCAUGACCACUAUCAGAAAAUGAAGUGUGUCAUUUCAGCUGACAAAUCCCAGCCAGACAAGGCCCUGAGCUUGAUAAAAGAUGAAUUUGUAGUUACUCUUAAAGACAUAACCUUGGAACAUCAGAAAUGGCAGCAGAACAGAAUGAAAUUAUUCCUAAAUGCUAAAGAAACUGAUGAAAUAUCAAACAAAAAGGAAGAAGGGACUUUGCUAGAAUCAGAGGGUUCUGAAAGAGCAAAUGCAUUGGCUAGAAUCAAAUACAGGUCUUACUCUGCAGUUGUCGAGGCUUCCAAAUCCAGAAGGCAUCGUCAAGUAAAAUUAGAAUCUUCUGAAUCAGGAUUGAAUUAUGGGAAAUCUCCAAACCGAAGUAAAAAAAACAGUAGGAGACCACAGCCAGCAAGGAGGAGAGAUUCUUUGGAAAUCAAAGGUGAAAUGCAAGUGGCAAAGGAAACUGUUACUCGGCAUAUUGGGAUGCCUAUAAUCACAGAGGAAGAUAACUCGGAUGAACAAGAAGUAUCUCUCCCCAAGAGAAAAAGAAGAUGCUAG